AACCUCACGCCUUCCUUUCCUUCCUGAAACACGACUAUAUCAUUUUCAGUCUUAUUGCACCUGUUUUGUCGUGUUGCUGCCAGGUUCUGCUGAUCAAGCUAUCACUCGGUGAACUUCCCUGCUAGUCUGUAACAGCCCUUCCAAGCGGUCCUCAUUGCGAUGUCCGCUCUUCAUGCAGCUCCUACCGAUACCUUCGGCAUACAGCAACCUGUCGCUGCGACCCAAGGCCCCAAAUAUGUUAGAGAGGACAGUGCAGCCACAGAUAGUGAUGGAUCGAUAGAGCAAAUCCGAGAAGAGGUGGAGUACGAGGAGGGUGACGCUCAAGACAAAGAGGAUGUUGAUGAAUCAGUGAAAGAAGAUAUGAGAAAACUCGAGGACACAUUCCCCGGCAUAUCUGAUAGAUUUCGGCUGUUGAAUAGAAUCGGAGAAGGUACCUUUUCCACCGUGUACAAAGCAGAGGACCUCUUGUACGACCACUAUGAAAACGAUUGGGACACUUUCCAAGACAACCACACGGACAGUUGGACGGACCAACCGUCUAAAAGACGCCGGGUGGAAGGUGAUAACGGCCGCUCGAUCCCCGUCAAACGAAGGAAGCCACGGUUCGUUGCAUUGAAAAAGAUCUAUGUGACUAGUAGUCCCCAUCGCAUUCAAAAUGAACUUGAGCUGCUACAUGAUCUUCGGGGUUGCCGAUCAGUAUGCCCGUUAAUCACGGCUUUCCGCUACCAGGAUCAAGUUGUGGCCGUUCUACCCUUCUUCCCACACACCGACUUUCGCAUUCAGUAUCGCACAUUCCUGGUUGCUGAUAUGCGACAUUAUUUCCGGUCACUGUUCACUGCACUGCACUCCGUCCAUAAACAUAACAUUCUCCAUCGCGAUAUCAAGCCAACUAAUUUCCUCUAUAAUCCUGAUCUUAGAGAAGGCGUGUUAGUCGAUUUCGGGCUUGCAGAACGUGAGGGUUCUGAGUACACAGGUACCUGCCUGUGCGCAAAUGCAGCUUACAUACGCCGUAGUAGAUAUAACCACAGUUAUCACAGCACUCAUUGUUCACCGACGACAUUAUCAGCUGGCUAUCCUAAGAACGACUCACGACCAUCAAGGCGCGCUAAUCGAGCAGGAACGCGUGGGUUUCGUGCACCUGAAGUCCUCUUCAAGUGCACUUCUCAGACAACCAAAAUAGAUAUGUGGUCCGCCGGCGUCAUUCUCUUGACCCUACUUGGACGCCGCUUUCCUUUCUUUAACUCGGCUGAUGAUGUUGACGCUAUGAUUGAGAUGGCGAGUAUCUUCGGCACUCGACGCAUGAAAGCUGCAGCAGCUAUGCAUGGGCAGAUAUUCGAAACGAAUAUCCCGACCAUCGGUGAAAAGGGGUAUAGCUGGGAGAAACUUGUGAAAUGGGCCAGCUGUGUCGAAGAGCUAACUGAAAGUGAGAAACAGGCCACUCGAUUACUGGCUGGCCUCAUGGAGCUGGAUCCCUACAAGCGCCUCAGUGCCAAGGAAGCCCUACAACAUGAGUUUUUCACUGACCCUAUAGACCAUGAUGUGGAGUGGGGAGGGGACCCCGACGAUAGCGCAGACACUGGGGAAGAAGAUGAGGAUAAGGAUGAUGGAGAAGCGGACGAAGUAGCAAUGAUAUAGAGCUUCCGAGCCAAUGUAUGAUAAUGACUCCUGGUUUGAUGAUAAUAAAACAACCUCUAACUCCUUAUUUGCGAUCGCUUUAUUAUUAAA